AUCUGUGCGCUCUGCUUUUAUUCACACAUCAACUGAUAUGUUUUCACUUUGCUGCUGUGUUUCGUGUCAAUAAAGCUUCUUCGAAUAUGAAAGACUCAAACUCCUCCCCCUCCACCUGAAACCAGCUGAGACAAGGACAAGCGAGGUGGGGGAGGGAGGAAGACAUGGUAGGAGGAGAAAGAAGAGGAGCAGCAGAGAGUGAGAGUCAGUCCAAGGAGGAGAACAACAGCAGGAACCGACUCACCUGGACUUCGCAGCCAGAUUAACACACACGGCCAAUGAAGAACCAUCAGUUAACCCAGAAGCCAGAGGGGUUUGAACCUGGACCUUCGUGAGGCAACCAUGCUAACAGCUAUAGUGUUUGGUUGCUCUCUGUUGUUGCUGAGGAGCUUCAGAGCCACUGGGGGGCGCUGUCUCUGGUAAGCCUGCCUGUGCAUGGGGAUGAGUGCAGUUCCAGUCAGACGAGGAGCCGUGGCAGAACUGUCUGGUCAUGUAGAGACAGUUUCCUCAGGCUGAGGUGGAGUCAUCUGAUCAGCAGCAGACCGGACCCGGUUUUACCUGAGGUGGAGAGACACCAACUCACACACAGCUCUCACUACCCGGCUGGUGCCGCUGCCUCUACGCCUCCGUGCUGAUGUUCCAGCGCAGGAAGAAGAAGCACAGGCUGGAGAUCUCAGCGCCACAGGACUUCCAGCACCGCGUCCACACGUCGUUUGACGUCACCUCGGGAUGCUACGUGGGGCUGCCGCCGCAGUGGCAGAGCGUCAUCGACACGCUGAAGAGGCCACGCCCCCUGGUGGACCCCUCCAGGAUCACCAAUGUUGAACUAGGACCCAAAAAGACCAUCGUUCGCGGCAGCUUCAUCGGCCAUGGAGACUACAUCAGUCAUGUGAUCUCUGAGAUGACUCGUCUGUCGGUCAGCAGUUCCAACUCUCUGCGCCGGAGCAGUCCGUCGGCACGGAAACGUGCCCGAUCGAUGGGCCGGCUGGGAGAACUGGCCGAGGACGAGUCGUACCAGUACGAGGAGCUAAGUCACCGCGGUGUGAAAAGUGGUGGGAGCUCUACCUACUGGCAGGACCGGAUACGACAGGUGCGCAGCAACAGCAGCAGCCCCAAACUGAACGGGGCCCUGCAGAGAGCCAAGUCUACCUGCCAGGUGGAUUCCUCGUCUGAAACCACACCCCUUAAACUAGACAAACCUCAGAGGACAGGUGAACCAAGUGGACUGUACGCCCGCAGUGACGGGGCAGAAAUAAGAAAUAGGACCGCUUCCUACACUGUGGAGACCAAUAGGCACCAGGUGAGGCUAAGACCAGCUGUGGGUCACCUGCCUGACCUGCUGUUCUCAUCCAGAGAAAAUUCAAGAAGACCGCAUUCGUCCUACGACCUCCAGCUGGCCUCACCCUCCUCCCGCCUCCUGCCCCCUCCUAACAGCACCAGCAGUCCCAUCAUCACAGGUAGAGCCGUAUUUCAGAGGCUGCCUCGCCCAUCCUCUGCCUUUAAUGCUCCUAUCAAAUCUCCAAACCUAACAACUGAGGAGAGCCCCUCCCAGCCCCACCCUCCCCCAACCGGCUCCCCAGGUCACGCAGUCGCCUCCAACCAGCAGGCGGGGUCCGAUGGCGGUCCUCCAAAGGUGACCCAUGAGCAGUUCAAGGAGGCACUACAGAUGGUGGUGGACCCUGGCGACCCAAGGAUGACUUUGGAGAACUUUGUGAAGAUUGGAGAGGGGUCCACAGGCGUGGUUUGCAUCGCCCGGGAAAAGUACAGUGGGAGACAGGUGGCUGUGAAGAUGAUGGACCUCAGGAAGCAGCAACGGCGAGAGCUGCUCUUUAAUGAGGUGGUGAUCAUGAGGGACUACCGGCACCAGAAUGUGGUGGAAAUGUACCAUAGCGCUCUAGUGGAGGAUGAGUUGUGGGUCAUCAUGGAGUACCUGCAAGGUGGCGCUCUAACCCACAUCGUCAGUGAGACCAGGUUGAACGAGGAGCAGAUAGCGACAGUCUGUGAGGGGGUCCUGCAGGCGCUGUCUUACCUGCACUCUCAGGGUGUGAUCCACCGAGACAUCAAGAGCGACUCCAUCCUGCUCACCCUGGACGGCAGGAUCAAACUGUCCGACUUUGGUUUCUGCGCUCAGAUCAGCAAAGAAGUCCCAAAGAGAAAGUCUCUGGUCGGGACCCCAUACUGGAUGGCUCCUGAGGUGAUCGCCAAAAUGCCAUAUGGCACCGAGGUGGACAUCUGGUCUCUGGGAAUCAUGGUGGUGGAGAUGGUUGAUGGAGAGCCACCGUAUUUCAGUGACACGCCCAUCACUGCAAUGAAGAAGCUGCGAGACGAAGCAGCGCCAAGCGUCAAGAACGUCCAGCGGGUGUCUCCCGUGUUGAAGGACUUCCUGGGCUGCAUGUUGAUCCGCGACACGCUGCAGAGGAGCAGCGCCGCCGACCUGCUGGAGCAUCCAUUCAUGCUGCAGGCCGGCUCACCACGCUGCCUCGUUCCUCUGGUGGAGCAGUACCGCAAACACAUGUCACUCUGCUGAACACCCGAGACCCAUCUGAAGAGGCUCGCACGAACCCAACCCUGAUUCUUCCGAAGACAUCUGAGACUCAGCUGGGAGACUCUCAUUAUGGCUCGGUUGCGCAUCAGCUCAUCUCUGAUUGGCCAGACUUGCUGAACAGCUGUUGGUGCUACUCUGGGGCGAGUGGUUUUUAAAAUGGAGAAUUUAAACUUUAGAACAUUUCAGGCUCCUUCAUGUUUUCAAAGAUCCUAGUUUAUACAGCAUUUCAGUAAUUUUACAGCCGACGUCAUACCUUUAAAUCACAGAUCAAUAAUAAUGAUCAGCUCAGAGCUGUGGAUGCAGAACAGCUUCAAACAAACAAGUGAAAACAGACACGUUCGUUUCAGCAGAGCCGGAGAUGAUCCUCUGGCUUCAAGAAGUUUCUCUCUGUAUCAGAGCCAAUAAACAACCAAUAAAUUGAUCAAUGCUGCUCAGCAGAGAUCAGCAGAGGGUCAGCUCUGGAUUUAAAGCUCUUCAUCUGGAAAAUGUUUUACCCCGUGAUGAUGAUGAUGAUGAGCUCUUCCUCCUGUCGAUCAGUUUAUUUUGAAGCUUUGCACAGUUUCAAUGUGACUUUGCACAAAAGAUGCAGAUUAAAUUUUUUUUAUUAA